CGGACAGCAACGGAAGAGAGAAGGGCACGCUUCAGCCCGAAAGGAUGUUGAAGUUAGUCUGGCAUCUCCUCGCGUGUCUUGUGGCCGUCUCACACACGCAGGAGAUGUUCUUCAAGAAAUACGCCUACACGAAGGUGAUGUCCGAAUGCCUGGGCGAGAGUGUCUACAAGGAUUACAAGCAGAAGAUCCACGAGGCGAGGCGGGAGUGCGGCGCCCAGGCAGGCCUUGAGACAGACCCCCUGGACCCGCUGCUCUCGUCUCCUCCCUUCAGCGCCUUCGGGCCCUUCAGCGUCACGCAGGCACGCCCGUUUCUGCCGUCCUCAGCAGCGCCCCUCCUCUUCCCCGCACAGAACGGCUUCCCCAGCACCGACAGCCCCUUUUCGACGAGCACCCUCGGCCCCGUCAGUCCCGUGACUGCUAAUCCCUUCAACCAAGUCUUCGCUGACAGCACUGUCCGGCCUGGCAUUCCCGUCAGUUCCGCCAGCCCUUUCAGCCCUAUCGGCCCUGUCAACCCUGUCAGCCCUGUCAGUCCUGUCAGGAGGCCCAUCGGUGUCUUCAGCCCCAUUGGUGUCAGGCGUCCCCACUUAGAGCCCCAUAGGGUAUUCCCGUUCCCGAUCCGGACGUACAGGAGGAAACGUGGCCUUGAUCUGAGCGUCGAGAAGUUAGCGGAGGCGAGAGAUAAGGCCGUCGCUCUUCUGGGAAAUUUCACCUGCAUUCUGGAGAGGAUGGAAAUGGUGGACGCCAACUUGGACAUCAGUCACGAAGUUCUGGCAGCGAAGGCCUUUAGGCUUCCCGUGGCCGGUGACCUCAAGACCGACCUCGUUCAGGCGGUCAAUUAUUGUAGAGACUUGACGCGCUGCCUACCGUUGGAGAAGACUCGCUCUCCGGUUCCCCACCAGCUCCAACGCGCGAUCGCCUACAUCAAGUGCGAGAAGGACGCCCGGUUCCUGGCCUGCCUCAAGCACAGCCUGCGAAAGGACGUCGACCACUUCGGCCUCAGUCUCCUGCCCGGUUACGGCGGCGGUUCUGACGACCUGGAACAACUCCUGGAGCUCCUGUUGCAGUCGGAGUCAGCGUACGAGUUGGAGUUGCUCUGAGGAUUUUGAUAGAUAGAUAGAUAUAUAUAUAGAGAGAGGGGGAGGGGGAGCGCAAUGAGAGA